AUGGGUCCGCCGCGCUGGCUAGCGCGCGCUGCGUGCGGCCGCGGCGUGGUGACGUGUCACGGCUCAGGCCCCGGAUUCGAGUCUUGCCCCCGCCGCCUGGAGGGGUUCCUCUGGGCUUCCAUUGUAUACUGUCAGUGCCCCGGCGCUGGGAGGCUCCGGCUGCAUCCGGUCGCGCGGCGGGCGCAUGCGCGCAGCAAAGAUGCACGGGCGCUGUCCUGGCAGCAGACAGUGCACGUCACAGAGCGUGUAGCCGGGGCCCGAUGGAUGCGUGCCGUCUCCGCGGAGCAGCGCGCAGGGCCGGCGCGAGAUGGAUCAGGUAGAGAUGAUCCUGGAUACAGGAGAAGCCCUAGCAUGUCCUUGUUUUCUCCCAUGAACACCCCUCCCUCUGAUGAACUACUGGAGGUUAGAAUAAUAGAGAAGGGAGGCAAAUGGCUAGAGUGAGAGUACUGCGGACACGUACCUUUCCACUGCAAUGGCCACCAGAGUGAAAACUGAAGAUGAGACCGACAUCCCCUGCACCAAUCCACUCAUUUUACACAUGGCGUUGUCAAAUGGCCAACCUGGAAUUACAUAGAUAGCAUCAUGGGGACACAUUCAUACCAUAAACCCACUAUGCAAAAUAAUCUGCCUUUACUUAGGGUUGUGCAGAGCUGCCAAACCUAAUCCUUGUGAAAAGGCUGAUAAACUGCCUGUCAUAAAACAUGACUUUCAAGGAUUUGUGAUCUGUCUGAUCUAAAUUGCACUAAGCUGGCACUUAGCAGUUGAGUAAUUUUCUUUUCUAAAAGAAAAAAAUAAGAGUAAAUCAAAUUUUCUUCCACACAAUGUGGGUGAUGCCUAAUUCACAAGCCUGAGAUACCCCAUUUAACCCUCAGUUUCUACCCUGCAUUUUGAUCACAGUCUUUCUGACUGAGGUCUGGACAAAACCCUGUAAACAAUCAAUGCUGCAACUAAAUGCUGCCAGAGAACUGUGCAGUUUUCAUCGCUAUUAGAAAUUUUACAGAUGUUCAGCAGAUAUAUUCCAAAGCCUGUAAAUGUACCAGUUUUAGCUUGAUUUUUGCAUACAUUCAGCAAUUUCCUCUAGCUGUACCCAUGGUUGUGUGAUUACAAAUCAGUUUCUGAAGUGGUACUAGGCUGGUGGUACAUCUGUUUGUUAUCACACUAACAUGUCCUUUAGCAAUGUAGUGACUUUAUUUAAAAGGUGUGGAUCACUGUGGGCCAGCAUGGGGUGAGGAUGAUACUGAGCCAUACUCCAGUCCAUGACAUUCUGAAUAAUUACAUAUUCUUUAAAGUGUACCACAUUCUUUCAAGACCUAAUGAAUAACCAGACAUAAAUAUCAUCCCUGGUCAUCUCUUUCAGAGUUGUAUUGAAUGUUUCUAACACUAAUAACCAGAUUUCCAUUUUUGUACAGCAUCUGCACAGGCACUCAGCAAAUAGUCUAACUCAAUAUUUAUUACAAUGUGGUUCUUCUCUGAAACUUGACUUAUUGUAGGGCUCUCUUUGUCUCCCUCACUUAUUUCCAAGUCAAAUGUGCUCAGUGUACAAAUAAAAAAAUAUAUUUUUCUAACUGCCAGCCCUGUAAAUGGAACAUGGGAUAUAAAAGACUUUUUUGGCUUCUACUUGAUAAGCAAAAAAGGGUCUGCAAUCGGAACUUAGUUAACAGUUCUGGUAAUGCUUCACAUGAUUAUCCAGUUCCCUGAAUCUGUGAUGAAUCUGCAGGGUGCUCAGGAGUAAAAAGGAGAAAAAUAAAAUUUUAGUUACCAAAGUCAGCAACUAUGAC